CAUUUCAUGGCUGAAGUAAAAGCGGAACAUGAAUCAGCCCAUCGUCUAUGCAUUACACGCGCAGGGGAGGGAAGACCCUCUCUGCCGGACGCCCUCGCAGAAUGGUGAAUCACACGAGCUGGAUUCCGCCCCUCCCUCAAAAUGAUGUUACUACUACAAGAAAGACUCGUGAUUCUCCGCGAGGCAAGCCCUCCCUCGGGCUGACGUCACUCACGCGCAUAAAUAAGGGAUCCGGCUCAUCGCCGACCACAAGCGAAACCCUCAGCGGGAGAGUGACGGCGUUAAGCGGAAUAACUGGAAUUUUGACAUUAAACGGAAGACGUUGUAGACGCUAUCACAUGUUUGGAGUCAUGACCUUAAACAAAGGAGACAAGUUGAGGAACAUGGACAAGAGGAGAGGUAGCAUGCCGUUUCCCCUCCACCUGCAGAACUUGCACAGAAGGAGCAUGCCGGUGGACGACCGAGAGCUGCGCUCGACGACCGAGGCUCAGCCCACCGAGCUGUCCAGCCUCAUGCGCUUCAGUCCGGCAGAGGAGCACAGGAACAGCUGCGUGUCCGACUCCUCCGACUCGGUCAUCUCGUCCGGCAGCGACUCGGACGCCCAGGUCUACAAGGUGGUCCUCCUGGGCUCGAUCAUGCAGAACUUGGCCAACAUGGACUAG